AUGGAUAAAGAUGGUGAGGAUGAUUCAACCUCAAAGUACUCAACCAAGGUCUACAAAUUACUUAUCUCUGAGAAAAAGGAAAAAGCUGCAAAAUACGUAAAAGAUGAAGAGUUGAGAUUAGAAUUCUUCUAUACAAAGACUGAUGUGGAGGUCAAAGAAUUGCUUUGCGUCGAACAAGAGCGCAUAAGUUUAGGGCUCGCAAACCAAAUAGUCGCAUUAUCAAAACAUCAACCCUAA